AUGCAAUACCUCCUACUUUGUGCUGCCAUCCUCCUACCUGAGAGUCUUGCUUUUCCACUAAAAUUAAAACCAGAAUCAUGGAACAACACAGCCUUGGAGACUAUAAAGACAUAUCUUGAUAAAUUUUUUCCAAUUCACACAAAAACACCAAACCUAAACUUAGAAGAGAGGAUUAAAGACAUGCAGAGGUUUUUCCAUCUGACUGUAACUGGAAAAUUAAAUGCAGAAACAGAAGCAAUACUGAAGCUGCCCAGGUGUGGACUCCCUGAUGUAGCAGAUUACAAAACGUUUCCUCAAAGUCCAAGAUGGAGAAAGACACAUUUGACUUACAAGAUUGUCAGGUACACACGUGAUCUACCCGAGAAGAAAGUGGAUGAUGCAAUUAAAAGGGCUUUUAUGGUAUGGAGUAAUGUGACUCCCCUGCAGUUCCGAAGAGUGUUCUUUAGUAAUGCAGACAUUGAGAUUGCAUUUGCACGUCGUGAGCAUGGUGAUGGAUAUCCUUUUGAUGGAAGAGGUGGCACACUAGCUCAUGCAUUUGCACCUGGAGAAGGGAUUGGUGGAGAUGCUCAUUUUGAUGAUGAUGAAAGGUGGUCAGAGACCAAUCGAGAAGUUAAUUUGUUCCUUGUUGCUGCUCAUGAAUUUGGCCAUUCUUUGGGACUUGCUCAUUCAAAUGUUCAUGGGGCUCUCAUGUACCCUAUCUACUCAUACCAGAACCCAGCAACCUUCAAACUUCCAGAGGACGAUAAGCGAGGAAUUCAGAAGUUAUAUGGUAAAUUCUUGAUGAGAUUUGAUUUGCAAGUUAAGAUUGCUGGGGUGGUCCUUAAAGGGGACCAAACACUGACCUACACUGUAUUUCCAAGUUUCACUGGAAUUAGGCUAGCUGCAGAUACUACUCCUACUGCCAUCAUAAAGAAAACCUUUGGAGGAUCAUCUCAGAAAACUUACAACAAAAAGACACACAUUGGUCUUCAGGGGGGGGGAGGUGGAGGUGGGGCCGGGGGGUGUCAUUGCCUGCAGCGAGGAGCAGCUGCUGGGGGAAAGCCGUUUUGCGAGGGGAUCGCAUGCGAAGAAUCGUUUGCCGAGACGCCAGUGGCUAGAGACCGGGACUGUAGAGAACCACCGUGCUGCCUGCGGUGUUGCCCUGCCAGCCGCCCCGCCUGCUGCGGAGAGAGAGAUGCCAUCCUGCCUGGCCCCGCUCGCCGCCCCUAUUGGCCUCAUUCUCACUUGACCACUGCGGCAGCAUUUCUACUGCUCGAUGUCCACGGGUGCCUGCGGACCCACCAGAAUACUACUUGGGUUUCCCCUCCUCCUGGGCGUUGUGAAGAAUGGACCUCUUUCCGCCUGCUAGUUUCUCCUACGGAUACCGCAACACUUUGCCGCCCAGCCUGCUCUAAAACCGCGGCGGCUGAGCGGAGUCUGUGGAGGAGUGGGGUCUAUGCUGGGGCGAAGGGUCGUACCGUUCGUUACCAGUGA